AAGGAAACUUGUAAAGUGACCGACUUCGGAAUGGCCAGAGAUGUGCAGAAGGAAAAUAUUUAUGAACGUAAGACUAAGGGCCGUCUUCCAGUGAAGUGGACAGCUUAUGAGGCCUUGAUGUAUGGUAAAUAUACCACCAAAAGUGAUGUAUGGAGUUAUGGAGUUUUGCUGUACGAGAUUUUUACCAUAGGCGGUUCACCUUACCCACGAAUGGAUGGAAGAAAAAUUGCAAACUUACUUCAGGAUGGAUACAGGAUGCCUAAACCACAACACGUCGAUGAAGAAUUGUAUCAGAUUAUGAUGAAAUGCUGGAAGAAUGACCCAGAUGCAAGACCAACUUUUACUGAAUUGAAAAGUCAGCUUAAGGACAUGGAAACCCUACACAAGAAGCUGAUCAACAUGACUAUGUACGACAAGCAGUUGUAUGCAAAUGUCGAGGAUUUAAUAGUGUAGUUAGAUACACGUCCGUGAUGUAUGACUGACUAACAGUUUGAACACUUUGCCACAACAAGUUUCAUGGAUGAAUGAUCAUUUCCUUACACACGUACUUGGUAGAAAUAUCCAUGUUGUGUUAAGCAGUUAGGCUGCAACGCUGUAACUCAAUUGAUUUUAUACUCUUAAACGCUGUAACGCUUUUAUCAGUUUACCGAUAAAGUAUAAUCUCAUUUUCUCUUUAACAUGUUUAGCACUUACACGCAUGCUCGACACAAGCGUUUGAAUUCAGUUUAUUUUCUGACUCAAUUCUGAAAGGCAGGACAGUGCGGAAAA